CGCCUCGGCUCCCGCAUCCCUCCAUCCAACCCUGUGCCGCAGCCGCAUCGCCACCGCAGCCCAGGCAGAGCCCAGUCGGCCCAGGCCCCUGUCUCUGCCUGGCCUCAGCUCCUCGCCCCCCCGCCGCGCACCUUACCCGCACAUCCCUCGGAGGUCUAGUCCGCACGGUGCCCCCAGACCCCGGCCUCCAGCACAGAGGCAGGAGGCAGAAAGAAGCAGCGGAGGCGGGAGGACGAAGAAGGGGAGGAGGAGCCCGUCGCAGGAUGAAGGAUCGGACUCAGGAGCUGCGGAGUGCGAAAGACAGUGAUGAUGAAGAGGAGGUGGUCCAUGUGGAUCGAGACCACUUCAUGGAUGAGUUCUUUGAACAGGUGGAAGAGAUCCGAGGCUGCAUCGAGAAGCUGUCUGAGGACGUGGAGCAGGUGAAGAAGCAACACAGUGCCAUCCUCGCCGCCCCCAACCCAGAUGAGAAGACUAAGCAGGAGCUGGAGGACCUCACAGCAGACAUCAAAAAGACUGCAAACAAGGUCCGGUCCAAGUUGAAAGCUAUCGAGCAAAGCAUUGAGCAGGAAGAGGGGCUGAAUCGUUCCUCCGCGGACCUGCGCAUCCGCAAGACGCAGCACUCCACACUCUCGCGGAAGUUCGUGGAGGUAAUGACCGAGUAUAACGCAACCCAGUCCAAGUACCGGGACCGCUGCAAGGACCGCAUCCAGCGGCAGCUGGAGAUCACUGGCAGGACGACUACCAAUGAAGAACUGGAAGACAUGUUGGAAAGUGGGAAGCUGGCCAUCUUCACAGACGACAUCAAAAUGGACUCCCAGAUGACAAAGCAGGCACUAAAUGAGAUCGAGACAAGACACAAUGAGAUCAUCAAGCUGGAAACCAGCAUCCGAGAGCUGCAUGAUAUGUUUGUGGACAUGGCCAUGCUCGUAGAGAGUCAGGGCGAGAUGAUUGACCGCAUUGAAUACAAUGUGGAACAUUCCGUGGACUAUGUGGAACGAGCUGUGUCUGACACCAAGAAAGCUGUGAAAUAUCAGAGCAAGGCUCGGAGGAAGAAAAUCAUGAUCAUCAUUUGCUGUGUGGUGCUGGGGGUGGUCUUGGCGUCAUCCAUUGGGGGGACACUGGGCUUGUAGGCCCCUACCCUUCUCUUCCCUAGGUUCCUCUCCACACAUCGGGAGCAAUACCCCCACCACCCUUCCACUCUCCCCUGCUCCAAGCUCACUCCCAAAACAGACCCAGGCAGUUCCAGCUCCUCUCACCCUUACCGCAGACCCCGGAGUCCCUGGCUCUCACCUUGCCAUGGAUCCCCCUCCACCUUGCCGCACAUAGAUAGCAGCAGGCGUGAUCACACAUGCACACCAACAUGCAUGCCGCGGGCACAUGCUCAAGACGUGUGGAUACCCCAGCGUGUGUGUGCCUGUGUAGAUGUAUGCAGAUGCCCUGAACCCUUCCUUGCUGCCAUCUCCAUCCUGUGUGGUCUGAACUUCCCUCUCUAUCUGGCUGCUGUGCAGAGUGGCUGAGUAUAACACAACAGCCGACCAUGCCCCAACCUGUCUUUUGUGAAUAGACAUAUGUGUAGUACAGGCGUGCAUGUGUGUGUGCGUGUGCGCGUGCACGCGUGCGUGUGUGCGUGCAUGAACAUGUGUGUACAUGGAGUUUUGUAAGUGUGAAAACCCAAUGCAAAAGCAAUUCCUUCACUGACCUUCUCUCCUAUCUGCUAUUUGGAGUGGGAGGUAGGUGUGAAGAUAAUUCACACCUUCAGAGGAUCCAGGGAGGUCCAGAGACCAUGGCACAUGUUUCAAGUGAUGUAGAACAAAUUCACAAACUCUCCUGGCUCAGUUACUGCCAGGGAUUGCAUCAUGUCCUGGGACCACCUCCCCCACCGUGUGUGUGUGUGUGUGUGUGUGUGUGUGUGUGUGUGUGUGUGUUGAGCCUUGGAGUUCAGGGGAGGCAAGUGGAAGCCUGUGUGUAAAUGAUAAACAACCUGUCUUAGUUUGUAUGAAUGUGUAUUUCCCCAACAGAUGAUGUAAAGGGCUUGUGUGUGUGUGUGUGUGUGUGUGUGUGUGUGUGUGUGUGUGUGUGUGUGGUGAUAGUUUUCUCUUCAGACAGAGCUAUCCAUGCUGUGAAUCAGACACUAGUUUGGAUGGGGACAGAUGUCUGUUUCUAAGUUACCUGGAAUUUGACUCUGUGUAUGUACACGUUUCUGCUUCUGCAUAGGACAUGCACACACAUUUCUUUUUAAGGACGUGCUCCCCAGGGUUUGCUUCUGCGGACUUAGUUUCUCCCUCCCUCUGCUCAGAACAGCAGCCACACACACUACACUGCUCCCGCAAGAGUGUGCAAGCCGUGCUCCUCUUCCCCAGACUGUGUGACGGACACACACCCAGACUCUACCUUUCUGUCUCUGCCUGACAGUAGCACUGAGCCUUGGAUAGGUAGCACAUCCUAGUGUGUUCAUAAAUGCCGAGCUGCGGAAGUUGAGAAAGGUGACCUCACAUUAGUGCUGGGCCUCACACAUGAACAGCACGGUGCCCAUCCUGGGCCACACCCAUUUGCACAUCAACUGUCUCCUGGAAGGAGUGUGGUGGACCAAAGGAGGUAGGAUGUCAAGGGCUGCUCCAGGCAGGCAGGAAACCAUGGCAUUUCCUCUUCCUGCCUCUCAGAUUCACUCAGAAGCUAUUGUUUGUCCUCACUGCCUCAGCUGAUGCUCUGGACUCUUCCUCAAGAAACUUGGGUUUGGGAACUGGAUUUCACACAUACCUGAGUGGCUACUUAGGGCCGUCCUUGAAUCUGUCCCUCGGACAUGUGUACUGCUGAAACAUGAGCCAUGGCCACUACCACAGCUGGGUGACAGGGAGGGUGAGACAGUGAGACAGGGAUUGUUCUUUGCGGUGAGGAUGGCUGUGCAUUUUGUGGGUUCUCUGGGAGUAAGCAGGAGGUAAGUGGGAUAAAGGACUGGGCUAGAAGUCCUGUGAAUGUGUAGGUGACACACAGAGAUGCAUGUCCUGCCCUGGACUGGGGAAGCCAUGUGUGUACACGAGUGUGUGCAGGACUGGGGGAGAAGGGGGAGGAGACCCUGCAAAUAUGACGAGACUUCUGAGCAAGCCUUGACAGUGCGGCUCCUCCCCGCCUAGCUGUUUGAGCUCUGCCCACCUGGUGUGUGUGUGUGUGUGUGUGUGUGUGCCUGUGUCCACAUGUAUGUAACCCCAGGUUAGCUGUGCUGAGGAGGGAGCUUGCCUAUCAAUUUCCAGAAUAUUCUUUGACAGGACAGGAGUCCACCCAGAGCCUACUGCCCCCAUCCUUGGCUUCUUUGGAGAUGUCACAGGGGGCCAAGCCCCAGCAUCCAUCCGUCGUCCCCUUCUUCCUUCAGCCCGGCCAAAACUCCCUUUAACCCAGGUGUUUCCAGCAGCCUCCUUGGCACCCCAGCCACGGUGUCCACCAGGACAGGACUGUGGCUGGCAUGCUGCUUCUGCCUCUUUGGAUGGCACUGGGCCCAUUGCUGUCCACCACUGGGCCUCAAGUGGAUUAGCAGUCCGAGUCUGCUGUAACCCAGCUUUCUACAAGCCACAUGAUGGACAUGUGUGUGGACUGCUGUCCAGAUGUGUGUUCUGGAUGACUGUCUGGGGGCUGGUGUCUUUUGCAUGUUCUCAGAUAAGUGUGUGCCGCCUGCUCUCCACACACCUAAAACCAUCGAGCCCAAAUGUGCCCCCUUGGUGGUCCUGGGCCCACGCCAGGACUCGCUGCUUCCGUCGUCACUUUCCUUGCCUCUUACAAAGCACACCGUGUGUCCAUCCCCUGUGCCUGUGGGUCAUCACGCUCUUGCCAUGCCUUGAGCGUGUACACAUGAUGUGUUCUAUGCACUUACCCUGCCCCACCCACCUCACAGAGGACAAGAUGGUUGGUCCCUAGUUCCCUUCUCCCAGACCUAGACUCCCCACGCCCCGCUGUGCAGCUGUGUGUGUUGGUGUGUUUCUGUGUCGCUGGCGUGUCAUGUGAUGUAGCCAUGUUUGCUGACAUGAGCCCCUGCCCCCUUCUCUUUUUCUCCAUUGGUUUCUAGAACUCUCUCCCUUCCCUCCCCUGAGGGACAGGACUCCUGGGGCCUGGCUGGGGGCCCAGAGCCUGGCCACCCCCCUGUUACCCCCUCAGAGUCUUAUUUCUCUCUAUUGGUGACCAAGUUGCAAAUGGAUAAAAUACAGGAAAUUCUGACCCCCUGCCCCAGACCUGCAUGUCCUGUCUCCAGAGCCCCUUGGACCCCAUCUUGGGCCAGGUUGGGCCUGGUGGGACGGGAGAAAUAGCAACUAAUCCAA